UACAGACACCGGUUCUUCUUUCUGGGCCAAUCGCAAACGUUCUCAUUCAAAGAGCUUUAUUUGAGUUUUCGCACGGAAAGCGUGUUACGGAAGGUCACGUGACGACUGGAGUUUGCUGCAGUCUGUGUGUGUGUUUCUGUUGUCAGCAGAAAUCCAGUGUGGAUAACACACAAGGAUACAGUCAAUGUCUUUGCUGGAGGACAUCGCUGAUUUGCUGAGAUGUGUACUAGAAUACUUUGGAGUCCCGGCUGACAUGUUGGUUCCGGUAUGGGACAGUACUCAGUGUGGACAGUACCGCAGCAUUGUUCGAAUGAUUGGGACAAACCUUCCCCUCUCUCCUUAUCCCCGUCUGCGCUUUCAGAUUCCUUUGCAGACAUUCAAUACACAUGGCCACAUUGAUGUUUCAGUAGACGCUCCAGCUAUUCCUACAUUAGCUGAUGUGCUUUGGCUGGUGGAAGAUGAGGGGGAGAUCCACACUAAAUUCAGGAAUGCUGUCCCUCUUAGGAAUCACUGUGUACAGCAAGGCUUUGAGAUUCCCUCAGUGAGAUCUGAACGGCCAUUGCCUGUGUCCGUGCAUGCUGAGAGAGGAGGCAGGGUGUUAGGACAGAGCACCCAACCAGAAGCCCUGCAGAAGAUCUCUGCUCUGGAGGAGGAGCUUCAAAAACUGCGAGCACAGAUUGCAAUGAUAGUCAUUGCUCCAACAGCUGACACCAGUACCCCAUGCUCUACACCUCUACGACCUCCUAUCCUCACUUCAACUCCUGUGUGUCCUCCUCCGCCCCCUCCACCCCCACCUCCUCCUAUGGCUGUGGGCAGCUCCAUGGAGGUGUCUGUGACGGAGGUGAUCCGACAGAGACAGGCAGCGAAAAGAGGAAAGGCAGAGCAGAUAGAGCCCCGUGUGGGUGUGGCACCUGCUGCUCUGCCAUCCAUGUUGGAGGUGUUGAGAGACAUUAAUCACGUCAAACUGCGUUCGGUGGAGAGAUCUCCAGGUGGAACACCAGUAAGAAGACGGAGGAGUAAAGGUGUAGCGUGUGCGUCCGACCCAGCGGCUCUCAUCGCCGAAGCACUGAAACGAAAAUUUGCACACAGACAGAGAGACGAUUCGUUUGGCAAAGAGAACCGCUCAGCUGAACUUUCUCCAUUCAGCAGUCCAGACACACCCAAAAUCUUCCAUCACACCAGACGCAGCCAGGGACGCAUUCACCUUUGACCCUUGACCUUAAAGUUUCCUGGGAUCACACUUGUGAUGGACUUUUGUAUCAGAGGGAUUUUUCCUCUACUUGGGUUGCACUGUUUCUUUCCCUAGUCCUUAAUUUCUCUCUAUAAAUUUUACUCUCCAAACCUGGACAUCUACCGGUGAACACUGUGCGUGUUUUGGAGCAAAGAGGUGUCAUUUUAUGCAGGCGUCAUAUUUUUUUUAAUUAUUCAGAUUUUAUUUGUAAAUAUUUUUCUCAAAGGACUUAUACAUGUUAAUUGUGAAUGUCAAAGGUUAAUAGCAGCGAUGCAGGAUGUCAUAACAAGCCACCAUAAUUCAGUUUUGCUGAUCUAUGCAAUGCAGCUGUGCUUUUUGUGUUUUUAUAUACUGAUAACUUUACUUGAAGCUUAGACUAACAAAGGUUAUCUGCGUAACAGUUUUCAUAACAGUGAACUUCACGUUUGAAGAUUAGAUAAACGGUACCUGUUGCCACGGGUGUUUGUUCAUUCGUCUAUUUCUCUUCCUUUAGUGCUAAUGCUCUCAAAAGCAAUAAAGAAAUGCUAAGCUUUGAUCAGAAUCAUCUUUAUCGCCAAGUACUGUGUUUACAUGUAUAAGGAGUAUUUUGCUGUUCUGGUGCUUAAAGGGAAAGUUCACCCAAAAAUAAAAUUUCAAUGAAUGGUCAUCAUUUUCUCAACCACAAGUUGUUACAAACAUAUACAUAUUUUUGUUCUGUUGAACACAAGGGAAGAUAUUUUGAGCAAUGUUUUUAACCAAAAAAUUUUGUAGCACCAUUGACUUCCAUAGUAUUUUUUCUGUCUAUAGAAGUCAAUGGUGCUUCUGCUUGCAGGUUUGGAACAACUUCAUUUUUGGGUGAACUAUACCUUUAACAAUAAUAUUUAUAAUGCUUUAUAUGCUUUUGAAAAUCAGAAUUGAUUGAACGCUUAAAAAUAAACCAAGUAAAUAUUUUUUAUAAGUUUUUAAAUACCGUGCACCCUGACCCAGUAACCUGUAUUCACUGUUUACACUGUUGUUGUCUGUCCCGGUGUGUAUGUAGGUGGAUGCUUGUUUGAUGGAAUAAUUGCAAUGUGUUGCAUCUGUUUGUUGUGUCUAUAACCCACAUCCUUUCAAUUACUAAAGGUUAUCAUGGAGAGGAUACAAUGGUCUACCGAGGCAGGAAAUGGUUACACGCUAAAAAUCUGAUUGAUCCUUUGCUUCCGUAAGACGUGUUAUGAUGUUUGUCUGACAGGAGGGCGUGCGGAGUGGAAUGUUGUAGUGUACCGUCAACCUCACUGCUAAAUCUGGCGUAUGCCUUCUAUUUUUGCUUAUCUUUAGAAAUGCACCUGCGCUAAUGAACUAAAUUGGAUGCCCCCACCUUUCCGUAAUGCAAAUGUUUGUUUGUUCCUGAGUUCGACAAAAGAAUUUGAAUAAUAAUGGUGGUGCCUUUUACAUUUAUUUUUAAUACCACACACAAAAUCUCCCUAAAUAUUGCUGUGUCCCAGUAAACCUCACUAUGUCUACUGUAUGUGAUGGCCAAAAGGUGGCUACUGGUGAUACAGGGAGACCUGUUUGUGUGAAAAAUGGAAGACAAGGUCAAAAUUUGAGUCACUGCAAUUUUGUUUUUUGGGAAAUCACUUACUUAGGAUUGUGUAUUUAGUAAAAAACAUUGCUGACAUUUUAUUUUCCCAGUUAAAUUUGAUUACAUUUAUGUGGAAAGUCAAGUCUUUUAACUUUAAUUGUGCUCCAUAUUUUGUAUAUUUUGAAAUCUAUUUCAAAAUUUACAAAAAAAGG